GUAUAUUUUCUACUACUGCCGUGAAGGUGCUUUUAUACGUGGCCCCUCUAAUUUGAUAUUUGUUCAACGCUGUGAAUCUUCAAGAGUUUAAUACAGUUGAAAUUUGUCGUUUAUGACAAUUGCGAUUUAUACAAAACAAAACGAUUAUGAACCUCAAAUUGUUCGGCACAUUAUGUGCGCUAGUGCUCUUGCAAUUGCUCCGUGCCAGCGAAGCGUUCAUCGUCACCGUUGACGCACACAAUGAAGAGUGUUUCUUUGAGAAGGUGGAAGGCGGCACCAAAUUCGGCGUCACAUUCGAGGUGAUUGAAGGCGGUUUUCUCGAUAUUGAUAUCAAAAUAACUGGCCCGGAUAAUAAUAUCAUACAUGAGAGUGAAAAGGAAUCCUCUGGCAAAUAUACUUUUGCCACCGUCUCAACUGGUAUAUAUCGCGUUUGCUUCAAUAAUGAGCGCAGCAGCAUGACUCCCAAACUGGUGAUGUUCUCCAUUGAGGUGAGCGAAGCGUCGCAUCGAGCAGCGGGCGCGCCCAGCGAGGAGGAGGUUGGCCACACCAAGUUGGAGGAUAUGAUACAGCAAUUGUCGGGCACACUGACGGGUGUCAAACAUGAACAGGAAUACAUGCAUGUGCGUGACAAAAUCCAUCGGUCCAUCAACGAGAGCACCAACUCACGCGUUGUCUUGUGGUCUACUUUCGAAGCGCUGGUGCUGGUACUGAUGACCAUCGGUCAAGUUUAUUACCUGAAACGUUUCUUCGAAGUGAAACGUGUUGUAUAAGUGAAUUGUGAGCGGACGCAGAUGUGGACUUUACCUCCAGUUACAAACACUUUAGUUUGCCAUUUUGUUGUAAUAAAACGUCUAUUUCUGCAUAGUUGCGUUAAACGCAACUAAUUCACCAUUCAUGUGCAAUACGAUUUUACUGCAUAUAAGUUAAGAUUUUAGGCAUCCAUCUUUUCCACUCUUCCUGUUCAUAUUUACGGAAUUUACCGGUAUGACAGAAAACUUAAAUUGGCUCGCAUUCUAAUUUGAUUCAAAAUGUAAUACCAGAAUAUUUUUUAGAGCAAAUAAAUUUAAGACUUAUAAA